UAAAGAGUUGAUAUCAUAACCGAAAUACAUAUCACAGGUCAGUUUGUUUUGUCCAGUGGAACCCACCUAGGAUAUUCGUACCGUAGUUUCAGUGAUUUUGUUGAAGUCCUUCUGGUCUAUUGUGGAUAUGAGAAGUGUUUGAACUUUGAGUGUAAAUGGUGUAGUAAAUACAAUAUAUAUAAGUGUUGAUUCAAAAUUACUAUGGUAAAACAUAGUAUCUUUGUAUCUUUUGCAAGAAAUAGAAGUGUACAUAGAAAGUGAAAUUUAAACAACGGAUCUUUUAGAAGUUUGUUAAAAAUUCAAAGUGGAACUCUUAUUUGUGGAGCUUUUGAUAGUUUGAAUCGAGGUGUGAACUCUACAAGGAACUGGUUUCGUGCAGAAUUAUUUCAAUUGGAAAAUAGUGAUAUUGUUCAAAUUGUAACUGCUGCAACGGUGGGCAUAUCUUCAUGGUCGCUUCCGCAACGAUUGGGAAAACAACCAGUUAAAUUCCGGAAAAAAAAGCUCAGAGAAUGCCUUCCUGGGAGUAGAUACCAUCAUCUUCUGAGAAGAUAUGUCUCUGAAUAUCUUAGAAAACAGUACAGAAAGUUUUCUGGCCAACACAACCGUAAACCUUAUUUUGAAAAGUGAUGGAAAUAAGAAUGUUUCCACUCAUUUCAUCCCAUCCAGCACUUGGAGUAUGGGCAAAAUACAGAUAUCCUUCUACGCGGUUAUAUUUCUCCUGGCAGUUGUUGGAAACUCACUUGUGAUAUUGACGUUAGUCCAAAAUCGCCGUAUGCGAACAAUCACAAAUUUGUUUUUGUUGAAUUUGGCUUUUUCGGAUCUACUUCUUGGCGUUUUAUGCAUGCCCUUCACCCUGGUUGGAGCACUACUUCGGGAUUUUAUAUUUGGCGAAUUUAUGUGUAAAAUUCUUCCAUAUCUUCAGGCUUGUUCGGUGUCGGUGUCAGCUUGGACGUUGGUGGCUAUUUCGUGCGAGCGAUACUACGCAAUAUGCCACCCUCUGCGCUCCAGGACAUGGCAAACGUUGAAGCAUGCCUACAAGCUGAUUGUUUUAAUUUGGAUCGGGAGCCUGGUUUUCAUGUCGCCCAUCGCCAUUCUCAGCAAGUUAAUUCCUACCAGCAAAGGACACCAUAAAUGUCGAGAACUUUGGCCACCCGAUUCUAAGGAGUAUGAAAAAGCCUUCAACAUCUUCUUGGACAUAAUCCUGCUCAUAAUACCGGUACUUGUUUUGACUAGCACCUACACACUCAUCUCAAGGACUCUAUGGCAUGGCAUGCGUGCAGAAAGAGCGUCCAAGAAAACUCAGUCGACCGACAACCUAAUGGAAGUAUUCAUAAACAAGAAUGGUUCCCCAAGCAAUCGUAGUUUUAUGUCCUACAGGACAUCCUCCCGAGAAAAUUUAUCUCUUAAUUGCCAGCAAUAUAACAAUCAAUGCUUGCAAGCACCUGUUAUCCUGAAGGAAUAUUCUUACUCUGCAAGACGAAAACAAGGAUUGAGAAGAACUAACAUCGAGAAAAGUCUGCAAAACAAGAAGCGUGUGAUAAAAAUGCUUUUCAUGGUUGUGCUGGAGUUUUUUCUCUGCUGGACACCACUUUACGUCAUCAAUACUGUCGCUCUAUUCAACCCUCCAAUAGUCUACAAGAAUCUUGGCUACUCAGCCAUCACAUUCUUUCAGCUCUUAGCAUAUUCAUCGUCGUGCUGUAAUCCCAUCACGUACUGCUUCAUGAAUCGUGGAUUCCGGAAAGCAUUCCUGAAUUUAUUUCGCUGCUUCAAGCGAUUUCGGACACCAAAAAGAAAGAUCAGUAUUGGAGGAGGUGGAACUCAAGAGACUGACCUCGAAAUAAGCCGUCUUCAAUGCCAACGACUGUGUACGGAUUCAACGCAAUCUUACUGAAAUCAAUGACCUCCAUUCAAUUGAGAAUCGAAUAAAUUCAGAUAGUUCUAAUUCAAUAUUCCUUCAUAGCUUACUAUAAUAAUCUCUUUCAUGGUUGUCAAUAUUUUUAUAUAAAUAAGGAAUAAACACAAUUUUUAAAGUUAUUUUG